GACAGGAUCCAGCGGGCUUGGUGCAGAAAUCCGUCAGAUUGGUGCAAUAGUUUGUAGGAAAUUCAGCAUUGUAGGGGCGGCCGCACGCAGAGCCUGAACAUCAACAGGCGUAACUGCCCCAGCCUUCAAUCACAAUUUUUUUAGAUGGGAAAGACUUGGUUUGCAGUGUAGAAUCUUAGGUACUGUGUGCUGUGCAAAUUGACAUUUGGGGAUGUUCCCUGAUCUCAAGCUUUUGACUGUUGAGCUUCUGCCCUGUAUGCUGGCGCACGCCCAAUAACUCUGUUGUUUGCCCAAGCCAAGCGAGGUCCCGGUGCUUUUGGUUUAACGGGUUGGGCACAGUCAUAAAGUUCUUCAGCGCACAUGGAUUCGGAAUUGCUGCGGUAUACUUACGGAAUCGUUUUCUCCUUGUCAGUAUGCUUGCGGUCCAACUCCGUGUGCGAUCCAUCCCAGUACCGAGCCAUGUCUGCCUGGAAGCGCGAUGGAGAGACCUCGUCGGAAAGCCGAUCAGUGCGCGACGUGUCCGAGAACGACGCGCGCGACUUCGUGGAGCGCUUCUUGUCGGGGCGCCUGACGCCCGCAGGCGGCCGCUCGAGGUCGAAGACGGCUGCGGGCGAGGUUGCGAAGCCAAAGACGUCGGCCUUGAGCUAUCAUUUGCCAAAGACGCAUGGGGAGCACAAAUGUCGGAGUGGACGCUUUGCGAGGACCUACACAGGAGGAGGGGUGACCUAUUAUCCGACGACUCAGAGGCUUGUGCUACGGUCAGCAUCAAAGAAGAGCAAUGUGGACAUCUUUCAGUUGUGGGAUUUGUACCAACAGGACAAGCGGCCCUUGUGGCAACAGGUGCGCGAGAGGCCCCAGGACUUCCACAACGAGAAGAUGGAUAGUGGCAGGUAUCGGAAUCAACGCUUCAAGACCUGCUAUAAGAAAAAGGGCUAUGCAGCCUUUGCCUUGGCCAACCCGAGCUACUACCAACAGUCCUUGCGCAUGAGGAUGUUCUAUGAAUACUGUGUGGGCCUCAAGGAGGCUGAGGAAAACCCGCAGCCCGGAGGCACGGAUUCUACGAAGACCGCGCCAAAGGCGAAGAAGACAGCGACGAAGGCGACGAAGGCGUCGGCCGCGUCCAAGUCCAAGUCGCGCAAGCGAAAGGCAAAGGAGGUGGAUGAGCCCUGAGUUCGUUGAAAAAGUGGAGAGAGCGUGUUGCUGCGUCGGGGUAGCUAGCCGUUUGAAUAGUACUUGGAUUUGUCAGGAUGGUCUCACAGCAUCAACUGUCACCAGGGAAUUUACUGGAAAAUGGAGACGUUCCAUUUGCU